AUGAAUCAUAAAGAAAACAUCCUCGCUCUUGCAAAAAAAUGCAAAGACUGUAAAAAAAUCUACGAGACAUUGGUAAAAUGCUUCGGUAUGGAUGCUCCCAGCUAUUCCACUGUAACGUAUCAUGUUAGGAUGUAUCACUUCAUGAACAAAAAGGCGCCCAUCAUAAAAAUUGACAAAAAAUCGCCGGAUCAAAGAAAAAUCAAAGCAAUUCUUCAAGCGCUAGAUGAAGACCCAAGAGAAAAUAAAUUUAUUAUUGAUUCUUCACGAACAACUCCUUUAUGGGAAAUUUUGAAAACAUUAAGAGAGUGCAAUUACUUUGAACCUUUAUCUUAUGGAGAACUUUUCACUUAUACAACAGAUUUAUAUAAAUAA